AAUGGCUCAGCGUCAGUGUGGGGAGAGGGGGCUGAAUCUGCUUGCAUGUUUGUGUGUGAGAUAAUCAUUGUGCAUUGCUGUGUAUGUGAGUGAGUGAGUGAGUGAGUGAGGGCAUUACUACCUGUGGCUGCAGCACCAAAGAAACCCACCAAACCAGUGUGAGCUCCUCUGUAUAUAUCCUAUUACAACCUGAAGAAGGAGCGUGUGCAGCCCACUAGAUUGCCCACAAUGGAUUUCCUGGACCGAAAUAUCAACUUUAAUGCUCUCCUCAAGUUCUCCCACAUCUCCUCAUCCACACAACAACACCUGAAAAGGGUAUACUCCAGUUUUGCUAUUUGCAUGUUGGUGGCUGCCGCUGGUGCCUAUGUGAAUGUGGUCCUCAAGUUUCUGCAGGGAAGCUUUCUCUCAUUCGCCGGCUCUCUUGGAAUGAUGAUCUGGCUGAUGUCUACUCCCCACACUUAUGAAAGUGAGAAAAAGCGUCUAGGAAUUCUUGCUGGAUUUGCCUUCUUUUCAGGUAUUGGUUUGGGUCCAGCUUUGAAUUUGUGCAUCGCCAUUAACCCCAGCAUCAUUCCUACUGCUUUUCUGGGCACUGCCAUGAUCUUCAUCUGCUUUUCACUCAGUGCUCUCUAUGCACAAAGGCGCAGUUUCCUGUUCUUGGGAGGUAUUUUGAUGUCUGCUCUUAGCCUGCUGCUUCUUUCUUCUUUGGUGAACUUGCUUGUUGGAUCAGUUCUGCUAUUCAAAAUGCACAUGUACAUUGGUCUGCUGGUUAUGUGUGGCUUCGUGUUGUUUGAUACUCAGCUUAUUAUAGAGAAAGCUGAACAAGGAGAUAAAGAUUAUGUCUGGCACUGUGUCGACCUGUUUUUGGAUUUCAUCACCAUUUUCAGAAAGCUCAUGGUAAUCCUGGCAAUGAAUGAGAAGGAGAAAAGGAAAGAGAGGAAGUAAAGCAGACUGGCUCCUCCCCCAUAGUGUGGCUGGCAUUGUUUUGGGUUUUCAUACAUUUCUUACUGAUGGUUUUGUUUCCUAUGGUAUAAUGAAACGCUUGGGAAUCACUCUGUUGUCUUUUGUACAUUUUAUUGUACCUUCAAAAGUCUCAUGUUUACUGACACUGUCUGGCAUCAUCUUUAGAAAUAACAUUCAGUGGCCCAUGGUCUUAUUCCCCUGAAAAUAUAUUCACUGUGUUGCUCCUGAAGACAGAGCUUGGGUAUAAUUUCUUAAAAUGAAUAGUAUUUCUAUUAAUUGUUAUAUGAUGACAUUUGGCUUGCAUUAUAUUGUUUGGUCUCUUUCUUCUGGCUGUACCAAAUGGGUUGCCUCUGCAAAUUCCACCAUAUUUGCUACAUCUUGACGUUUUCUAAAAGGGUUUCCCAGUACCAAAACAUGGGCAACAGAAUGAUGCACAGUGGAAACUUUUUUCUGCUGUAAUACAGAGCUAUCGGUGAUAUUUCAGAUGAACUUGUUCCUUUACAAAUGAAACUAUAUCCAGUUACACCUGAAAUAGUAAACAUGGGGCCCUUUUAUCUUCUGAUUUACCAGAUAAAUGUCCAAUAAGAGAUACCCAUCAUCUGCUUAAUGAAUUUGCAAUUCUAGAACUGCUCUGUGCUAUUCUUCUGUUUUUUUAGUGAUUAAAUUGCCAUCACGAUAAGGAAAUAUGUACCUACCUAGAAGUGCCAGUUGUUAGAGUUAAAGUUUCUUAUACUUGCUUCAUACAUAUUCUGAUUUAUCUAAUUUGCCACAAUUUGCCCUUUUACCAGUACAGGUAACAAUCGCACUCACCAUCUUUCCAUUAACCUGAUGUGGGAAGACUAAUCUCGAUCCAAAAGUAUUCUCAAAACUAUUACUAGUGGUUUUGCAUAUUGUGUAGAUUAUGUAAAUAUCCCUUUUUCUGCAAUUAAGACAAAGUCACACUGGGCAAUUUUGUUUUUGUCCUAUGAACAUUAACUCUUUACCCAUGUACAUUGUCUUUGUAUAAGGCAUGUGAAGCAGUAGUGGCCUCUGUCAUUGUCAUGAGGAUUUUAUAGUGAAAGCGUAUGUAGCUUAAAAAUAUAGGCUUUAGUUGCAAUAUGUGUGUGUGUAGUAGAACAAAGGACAACCAAUUCUGACCUGGCAGUUUUUACAUCUUACUGAAUGAAGGAAUUCUGGGUUGGUAAAUAAAGUAAUGUGGUACUAAACUACUGUGAGGAUUUUUUUCCCCCUUGGAUGUGCUGAACUUUGUAUAUAGGAAAGGUCACUUUUGUUAUCUUUUCCUAGGAUAGGAACAUGGAUUUUUACCAUUAAAGGGGCAGUAUAACCUCUUUUUCUACAUGAUUGCAGUCAAUAGGGCUUGUACUGAAGUAAUGUAUGUAUUUAAUUUCUUGACUAAAUAGGGCAACAUUUAAAAAGCAAAGUCAUAAUUUACUUCUGGUUCUUCAAGACCAAUAAAAACAAGCAGUCCAGUGAGAGACCUCUGUAUAAACAAACCCAGCCUAUAUUAGGGUGUUGUGAUAAGAAGUAGCUAAUUAUACAGAGGGCUUUCCAGUGGACUACUGAUUUGUUUUGGGUUUUUUUUGUGUUGUCAGACAUACAGAAUGUGCCUGUUUAAAUAAAAAACAUACAGAUUUUCUUAAUACAGCAAUAGGCUAAAAAUAUGUUCAGUACAAGCCCUAUUCGUUUAGCUACUGUUGCAAAGAGGGGGGGCUUAACUGCCACUAAAAAUGUGAUUGUUAUAACCGGGAUUCAGCUCCUCCUUUACUAACUGCUUGGAUUGUUCUAACUAAUGAGAUAAGAUUUUUGCAGAUGAUGAUAUAAAAGUGUUACUUGUCCCUUAUCUUUUGCAUGCUCAUGGGGAUAUUGCCAGCUCCUUAGAAACCGUGCCAAGAAUCUUCUCAAAGAUGAAAACUAUGUGAAAGAUUUCUAACAAUUUUUCAUAAUCAUCAUUUUAUUUUGGAGUACAGUGAUCUGCUGUAGAGACAACUGUGACACAGUGAAAGUUUUUUUUUUUUGAUUGAAAAAUACAAAAAUAUGAAUUAAUUUGUACAAACAAAAUAAAACGUUAACAAUGUAUUAAAUAUG